AUGUCACAGGCUGGUGCACGAAUCUUGGCGCACAAGGCUGCGCAUCUGCCUUGUGCAGUCACUCCGGGCGCCAAUGCCAUCAAGACCACUCGCGAGGUGCUCGGACUCAUCCAAGACAAGAACGUCGACAUUGUCAUCCCUCGUCUCGAGGGCAAGAACGAUGUCUGUCGUUGCGACGUCUACCGUCCCAAGGACACCGAGGACGGCAAGACGUAUCCGGUUCUCAUCACCGCCGGCCCUUACGGCAAAGACAUUGCCUACUCGGAGUUCUACCCAGAAUCUUUUGCCCAGCUUCCAGACGAACAGAAGUCCGAACUCUCAGCUUGGGAGGUCCCCGAGCCCACCUUCUGGACGCGUCACGGCUUCAUCGUCGUUCGUGUCGAUGAGCAAGGCACCGGCCAGUCGCCCGGCUUCCUCGACACGAUGUCGGACCAGACGGCCAACAACUUCUUCCACUGCAUCGAGUGGGCGGCUUCGCAGUCCUGGUCCUCUGGCAAGGUCGGCCUGCUAGGCAUCUCCUACUAUGCUGGAAGCCAGUGGCGCGUGGCGGCACGCAAGCCCAAGGGCCUCGCCGCCAUGAUCCCCUGGGAAGGCAUGUCGGACUACUACCGCGACCGUGUUCGCAAGGGCGGUAUCUAUGGCGACGGCUUCGUCACCAUGUGGCAAAACUACCAGAUCAACUCGAACCAGUACGGUCGAGCAGCUGCCCCGCCACCCAAGAAGACCUGGGGUCCGGGACGCAACGCCAAAGUCCCAAGCAUCGAAGGCGUUCUCACUCCUGAGCAGCUCAGGGAGAACCGCACCGAUCAGACUGUCGACAACGCCGAGAACUUCUUCCUAGACCAGGACUACUACGCCUCGCGCGAAUUUGACCUUGCCGACAUUGAGACGCCCCUGCUCAGCGUCGGUAACUGGGGCGGCAUUGCGCUUCAUCUCCGUGGAAAUGUGGCAGGCUACCUCGGUGCUGGCUCCAAAAUGAAGUGGCUCUGGCUCAUCACCGGUAGACACGACCUCCCCUUCUACCUUCCCGAGCGCGUGGCCCUGCAGCUCUCUUUCCUGAACGCCUUCCUGCGCGGCCAAGACGACCGAGGCUGGCUCAAGGGUCCCAACGCGGAUGGCGGCGUACCUGCUGUCAGCUACGUCGUUCGCAAGGGCUCGCCCAAGUUCAACACGAUCGAAGGUGACCGUUCCUUCCCAGAGAAGAUCGCCAACAGCUGGCCUCUUCCCAACACUAUCUACACACCCUUCUUCCUAUCGGCGGAUCAUCAACUAAAGAAGGACCGUCAGGCUGCCGCUGUUGCCACCAACGGUGUCACGAGCAUCGAUGGCCACCAGCCCAGCUCGCCCGAGCAGGUAGCUUACCGCGGCUUCGACGGAGAGAGCGUCAAGUUCGAGCACAAGGUCGAAGGGUCCGAGAUCGAGAUCACUGGUCAUCCGCACCUGCGUCUGCUCAUGAGCGUCGCUGCCGAUCCUAACACCGGCUCGGUCCCCUCGGAAAUUGACAUAUUUGCAACUCUUCGCCAUCUCGACGCCGCGGGUAGCGAGAUCUUCUACACUGGCACGGCAGGCGAUCCAUGCCCCAUCGUCAAGGGCUGGCUGCGUGCUUCAGUGCGCAAGGUGGACCAGGCCAAGAGCACGGACCUUGUGCCCCACCGUAACUACCUCAGCUCCGAGAUUGCUCCGCUCAAGCUCGAUACGGUUUACGCGCUCGAUGUCGAACUGUGGCCCACGAAUGUCGUCAUUCCAGCCGGUCAUACCCUGCAACUUGAGGUUGGACCUCAGGAUCAGCAAGGCGGAGGCGUGUUUACCCACACUCAUCCUCAAGACAGAGUUCAAGCUAAGCUCGCUGGUAUCAACUCGAUCCACACUGGAACCGUCGAUGCCGGAAAGGUCGACACGAUCGGCAUCAGCGCAAAGACACCCGCGCUCGGCAACGAUGUCCUUGCAAGCUGCCUUGUUCUUCCCGUCAUUCAGUCCUAG